CUUCCUUCUGUGGGGAGAUGCACAGCACGAGGGCGCUCUGAAGUCUUGGAUUGAAGCUUAUUCUGAGGGGAACAGGGGUAAACGGUUCACCUCCAGAGUUUACCCACCUGUCCUGUGACUGGUCAGCAUGAUCCCAGCAAUGGCUGCAUCUUAUGAUUCUGCAGUGGGGGUCAAGGUGGAGGGAAAGGUGUAACAAGGAGAUGGUAAGCAUGGGGACAAGGGCAGAAGCGCUCUGCAGGAGAUGGAGUGCCAUCCCCUGAAAGACUUUUCAAGACAAACACAACUGCACCUUUUCUGCCAGGUGACAACUGAGGCAUUUGAAAGUGACACAUUUUCCUCAUGGGCCCUUGGACGUUUGUCUCUUUGAUUUUAUAGAGAGCAACAGCUAAUGAGAAACAUGUGAACAGUUAUAUAGAUUUUAGUGUUUCUCUUCCUUAUCUUUCAGGUCUUGCCAGACUUUAAUCUCUCACGGCACAAUUCAGAGACUGGCACUCAAUAAAUGUACUCAAUGUACCUGUGCCAAAGGAAAGUAACUUGCUGGGGCAAGCAGAAGUCAAUCUUGCAUUUCUCCCUCCCUUUUUUCCUCCCCAUUUGACCUUUAGGGCUCUGGUUUCCUGCAAGUAGUGAAUUAUUCACAUCUGCUCAUAGAUAUCAAGCUGGUCUUUUCCAGGCUACCAGCAGGGUGGGGCAGUGAGGUGGCUUUGUUCAGUCUCAGAGGAGGAGGAGCAACCUCCUUGUUCAAACAACACACACAGGUGGGUGCUUCUUUUUGCAAAGUCAUUCUGGGAUCCUUCAGAGGCUCAUUGUGUGAUUCCUUUUUGUCCUUUGCAGCUCCUCCUCCUCCCCACCUUUUCCACAAACCCUUAAGAGGGCCCCACCACUCUGCACACUCUGCUCUGCACCAUGGCUUACAUCGCCAAGUCCUUCUACGACCUCAGCGCCAUCAGUCUGGAUGGGGAGAAGAUAGAUUUCAACACGUUCCGGGGCAGGGCUGUGCUGAUUGAGAAUGUGGCCUCUCUCUGAGGCACAACCACCCGGGACUUCACUCAGCUUAACGAGCUGCAAUGCCGCUUCCCCAGGCGCCUGGUGGUUCUGGGCUUCCCUUGCAACCAAUUUGGACAUCAGGAGAACUGUCAAAAUGAGGAGAUCCUCAACAGUCUCAAGUAUGUCCGCCCCGGCGGCGGAUUCCAGCCCACCUUUACUCUUGUCCAAAAGUGUGAGGUGAACGGGCAGAACGAGCACCCCGUCUUCGCCUACCUGAAGGACAAGCUCCCCUACCCUUACGAUGACCCGUUUUCCCUCAUGACUGAUCCCAAGCUCAUCAUGUGGAGUCCGGUGCGGCGCUCAGACGUGUCCUGGAACUUUGAGAAGUUCCUCAUAGGACCAGAGGGGGAGCCCUUCCGCCGCUACAGCCGCACCUUUCAUACCAUCAACAUUGAGCCUGACAUCAAGCGCCUCCUCAAAGUUGCCAUCUAGAUGUGAGCCGCUGGGCACACGGAAGCAGGGUGUCCUCGGGGCGCUGCUGGACCAAGCUUUCCCUCCAUCUCACCCCGUUCACCCAAUAGCCUUGCCCUUUCUGUCUCCUGUUUUCUUCUCCAUUCUCCACUUUGUAGUUGGUGCAUCCACUUGGAGCCCUAGGACAGGUGGCUCUGGGCCUUCACAGAAUGACGGCACCGUCCUAAACGCUAUGGGUGGUAUCUGAGAAGUGUGAAUGGCUGGAGCCAGCCUGCUGGAUGAGCCCAAUAAAGUGCAGGUGUGCAAAUA